CUGCGCGCCGCUGCGUUAAUUUUGUUUGAUAAUUGAACCCCGAAAGCACGAAAUUAUCAUCAUAUGGUUCACAAUACUCAUGGCUGCUGCCCUGUCGGAGAGCGUGGAUGUUGUAGUGGUCGGAGCAGGAAUUUCGGGCUUAUCUGCUGCCUACGAAUUGAUGAAAAAGCGUCCUGAAACAAGACUUGUCGUCCUCGAAGCCAAAGGUAGGCUUCAUCAAAUAACAGAAGGUUCUGUCUUAAACCCAAAAUAUUCAGUGAACUGACUGUCAUAUGGCUUGAUUUGUGCGGGUGAUUGUUACAUGAUGACCCAUUUUGCGAAUCGUGGCCGAAAGUGUGUUUUCCUUCAAGUGCCAUUAAGCGCUUGUGUCGUGGGCCGGGGGCAGGGUGUUCACCCUGCUAUGGGCUAUCCACACCUCCGCUAGUCUUCCCCCGGUUGACGAGAUUUUCUGAAGUGGUGAACGAAAAAAAGGAAUAUUUGAAGGUUGUAGGACUGAAGAUCAGUUUUUCUGAAAAGAGGUGGAAAGAAACUCAUUUAAGUUAUUAUACAUGCAUAUUGGGUGCAUUUUCUGAGAGGUAUUAACAAAAUAUGGAUUGGACCACCUGUAUUUCACUUAAUGACAAAAGGUCAGCGAUAGGGUUACAGGUUGUGAUCUGAUCCGCUCCGAUCCAGUUUUUGUCGAUGGCCUUUUCUCUGGGGAUAUAUGUGUAUCAAUGCAUUUUUCAGAGUGUUGUACAGUACCGCAAAUGAUCCCCAACCGCAAAUGAUCCCCAAAAUGGACCGCAAAUGAUCCUCGACCGCAAGUGAUCCCUAAAGUCGACCGCAAAUGAUCCCGUGAAAACUUGAGGAAUGGAAUGGAUUUUAUGGGACUGAUUACAAAAAAGGACUGAUUAUAAAAAAGAAACCUUUUUCUCUCGCCUUUUAAAGAAAAAGGGAAGGAGGACGCUACAUCUCAGGUCAAUUUAUACAAGGCGAAAAAAAAAAAAAUGGAAUAAAUCUGAAAAGGUAUGGUAUUAACCGUAUACUUCUUCCUUUGUCGAUUGCUUAAAUUUUCUUUCAAGAAUGUUUCGUCUUUUGAAAAAUUUAAGACAGGCAGGACGUUACGCAGAAAAAUUAUUUUAACGCCUAGAAGCUCAACCUUUCUAUUGAGGAAUACAAAACCGGGCACCCUCUACCUAACAAGGGCUUUAUUGACUUUACUGAUCUUUUUGAAAGCGUGAAAUUAAUCAGCCAGAAUAUUUCAUUUUGAUUUUUCUCUGAAGUGUUAAUUUUAUGUGAUAAACAGCAAGACGUUUGUUCGUAACUUAGGUGCCCAUUACUUAAACAAGACAUGAUUUAACAUAAACACAAGUCAAAAUGCCCCGAACUUAUCAAUGUCCACAGGUUUCGGUUCAUUUCGAAAUAGCAACUUUCUUACAUCUCAUGAACGUGUUGUGAAUAGUUAUAUUAAGUUUUUUUAUGUAUAUUCAUUUCUUGUGCUUUGCUGAAGACAGUUACCAGAAAUCUAAACCUGGUAAUGAGAAACGCAAAGCCAGGUAAGCGGUAGUUAUCGCGUGACAAAACAUCUUAAGAAACCGUCACAUUCACGGACUAAAAGAAAAUCGCUUAUGAUUAUUCGGAUCCAGGAGGCACUUAGGAGAAAAUUAAACAACCUAAAACCCUCAUUUAGCAGCAAUGAAGAGCACUGUAUUUCAAAAGAGGUCAAAGGAAAUGCUCUUGCAUCAAAGGGCAAAUCAUGCCGACCAGAAACAAUAAUAACCGCAGAAAAUGCGUGUCAUGACCUGUCACUAUGAAAUAAGCAGCAAAAAUCACAUUUGCUCAGUCAAAACGUUUUCCUCAGAGGUGUAAUCUACCCGCCAGAGCCGGAAAAAAGUCAUUGGAACAAGCAGCAUUUUAGCAUGAGGUAAAAGUCGUGUGUUGCCUACCUACGUCGUGUUUACUCUUGAAUGAUUUUUUCAUUUAGUUUUUAUUCAUAUAUUUAUUUGAGAAGUAAAAUUUAGCUUUUAACCUGACUUAUUGUAAUAAUAAUAAAAUCGACACGAUGAUCCGCUAACUUGAGUCCAAGUCAUUCCUGUUUUUCUUUCGGGAUCAUUUGCGGUCGAUUUUGGGGAUCACUUGCGGUCCAUUUUGGGGAUCAUUUGCGGUCUCGGGAUCAUUUGCGGUUGGGGAUCAUUUGCGGUACUGUACAGUGUACUGCUGGGAAGGAAAUUCACGGCUUAACUGCAGAAUGCCCAGCUACUUCAAAGCUAUACCCCUAAAACAGUGGUUACAGGUCAAAAUUAAAUUCAUGUUAAAAUUUUUUAACCUAGAUUGAUUCUCAAUAUCCCUUGUCUCCUGCAAGGAUUAGGGCUAGGAGACAAAGGAAAUUGAGAAUCAACCUAGGUUAAAAGUAUUUAACCUGAAUUUAAUUUUGACCUGUAACCACAUAGCCACGUAAUGGCAUAGCCACAUAGCCAUGUAGCUCACUGCAAAAUAAUUAACAAUUAUUCCUUGAGACCGAAUGGUCUCUGAGUCAAUAGCUCAUGAGGCCUUCGGCCUCAUGGGCUAUUGACUUAGAGGCCAUGAGGGUGUUUUAGUAAAAUCCAACUAGUUGGUCAAAAAUAUUGAGAAUAAAAAACUUUUAGCUUCUACAAAUGUAACAUACCUCUUUCUUUAAGCAGUGAGUGUCAUAGCCAUGAAGCCACAUAGUUUUAGGAGUAUAGCUUUGAAGUGGCUGGGUAUUCUGCAGUUAUACUCAAAAUUCAGAUUUUUCUGUGAAAGGCAAAUGUCAAAGUACCUCAUCAACAAGACAGGGGUUGUGUUGUCUGCUAAAUGGAAUUUAAUGCUCAGCUGUUUUCAGUGAGACCUGAUCUCUUUGGGAUUCUCAAGGUCUGUUUCAAAAAUAUCAACAGAGGAAAUAGGUUAUGGAAAAGAUAAAUCAAACAAAUGUUGAGUUUUGCUUUAUAUGUGGCAAGAAGUAUGCUUGGAGGAGAGUCAGGGAAGGGUGACUAUGCAUGCAUACAGUAGUAUGCCAUUCCUUUUGUUAGAACAACUGCAUUCACAAAACCAAGUUAUGAGAAGGGAGAUUUUGCAAUUGAGUUGUAAGGCACAGAAAAAAGAGAAGGACACAUAAUGCUGAAGGGAAGGUGGAAAGGGUAAAAAAUUUUAAUCCGGCUGAGAAUCGCAUUACUUAUGGCAAAAGAGACCAAAAACUGGGGAUAACUGGCUUAAAUAGGUAAAAGAACUCCCUGGAGGCUUCUAGCCAAUUAUUUGUCUGUUAUGCCCUGGGGUACUAAGUGGAUUAUUACUAGCAUUGUACGCAGGCAAAAUCCGCGGUUAUUAUAACUGUGAAAAUACAUAUUACCGUAAGCUUUAUACUGACACUUACAUAUGAUAACUCUCACAGGGGCUUACAUUCAAGGUUAAAACAGGCAUAGGUAUUGUUUGUUACAUCCUACUGACAGAAAUAAUUUAAUUUAUGUUUGCAGCUGUAUGAGAGUUAUUGAGAUAGACCAUUCACUGUCCCCUCUCCCUUGGGAUUGAUUUUGCCUCAUAAGAUCAUUGGAAUUAAGUACUUUACUGUCAGUAACAGCUGACUUCAAUUGUAACAAGGGGGUGGGUGUUUCUCAGCAGUGGGGGGAAUGAGGCAAAAAAAAACUCCUCUCAACCCCACAGCCACCUUCCCUUUGGUGAAUUUGAUACUUUUCCCCAAGUUUUGCUUGAACUUUAUUAAACCAGAUGUAUGGCUGCCAGCUGUUGCAGUCAGUACCCAAUCUUGACAGUGAUCUUUUGGAGCAACUACAUGUAGAGGACUCUGACCUGCUUAUUUUUGAGACUGCUGCUGCCAUAGCCUCAGGUGAUCUUGGGCAACAAGAAUCUUCAAGUUUUUCCACACAUUGGGUUGUUCCAGAAAAAAUCCACACCCCCCCGACGGAUGGGAUUCUGGAAAUUCUCGCGGGAGGGGGGGUCGAAGACUCCGGAAAUCCAGGCGGGAGGGGGGGUUGACCUUAAAAAAGUCUUCUGCAGGGGUCAUUUCCACCGAUAGUUGAUACAAAUCAAACGUUUGGUUCGAUGACACUUAAGCGCUUUCAGACCCUGAAAAUAGUCAAAAUGUUUUCUUCAUAUAUUUCUCACCUGACAUAAAUGAUAAUCUAAGUUGCUUUACAGGUCCUUUUAUAGCAGAAAACGCGAACAAGAUACUAAAGAACAGGCCUGAAGGAACUCGUCAUAACGUUGUUGUCACGAAGAGCGUCAAACACCUGACACAUUUCUACUGCACCCAGAGCCCAAGGCCAAGAGCUUAAGAGUGAUUUUUAUAAGCUAAGAAAUUAUGUAAACACUCGUUCAGGUGUCGUUUGCAUUUUUGUUUUUUGCUCCUUUCGUUUUUAGUUCCACGCGUUAGAAUUCUUAGUUUAAUAUAAGCUGAAGCUUUAUAAAUUAAAACAAAAACAUUUAGACGUGUUUGCGUGUAUUUUCCAUUAAAAAUAAAUUAAAUUUAAGCCUUUUAUUUUUUCCCGGAAAUCCAGGCGGGAGGGGGGGUCUUCCACCUUGGAAAUCCAGUUGGGAAGGGGGGUCUUGUGCUUCAGGAAAUCCAGGUGAGGGGGGGGGUUAAAAAAGGACCCCAUCCGUCGGGGGGGGUGUGGAUUUUUUCUGGAAUAACCCAUUGUAUGUGCUAGACACCCUCGAUUAUGUAGUUUGAGAGUUAAAGAGUUCACCACAAGUUAUUUUAGAGCAGUGCCUUUAUUGAAUAUGUGAGUUCCAUCUUCCAGUUUUGCACAGAUUUAACUCUGUCGACUGUGAUAUUACACAAAAGUUCUUGAGACCUUCAACCUUUAGUCACUUAUAACCAUAACUUUACGCUAUUUUUUCUCUUGAUUUAGACAGGGUAGGAGGUAGACUUGACAGUGCUGAGCUGAAAACUGCGACAGGAAAUGACAGAUGGGAUGUUGGCGGCCAGUGGGUUGCAAGGUAAGAAUAGUACUGGUAUGUGUAUAUAAACAUACAUGCAUGGAGAAACAUUU